AAACCCGGGCUGGGGAUCAUGGCGGGAACGGAGACUGGGGACGCCGCAGCAGGAGCCGAGGCCCCUCAGCCUCAGAAGCGCUACUAUCGGCAGCGGGCUCACUCCAACCCCAUGGCGGACCAUACGCUGCGCUACCCUGUGAAGCCAGAGGACAUGGAUUGGUCUGAGCUAUACCCAGAGUUCUUUGCUCCACUGACUCAAAAUCAGAGCCACGAUGACCCAAAGGAUAAGAAAGAAAAGAGAGCUGAAGCCCAAGUGGAGUUUGCAGACAUAGGCUGUGGCUAUGGCGGCCUGUUAGUGGAACUGUCACCGCUGUUCCCAGACACGCUGAUUCUGGGUCUGGAGAUCCGGGUGAAAGUCUCAGAUUAUGUGCAAGACCGGAUUCGGGCCCUACGAGCGGCUCCUGGAGGUGGUUUCCAGAACAUCGCCUGUCUCCGUAGCAAUGCCAUGAAACACCUUCCUAACUUCUUCCGCAAGGGCCAGCGGACAAAGCACAAGUGGCGAAUCAUCAGUCCCACACUGCUGGCAGAAUAUGCCUACGUGCUGAGAGUUGGGGGGCUGGUAUAUACCAUAACUGAUGUGCUGGAGCUACAUGACUGGAUGUGCACCCAUUUUGAAGGGCACCCCCUGUUUGAGCGUGUGCCUCUGGAGGAGCUGAGUGAAGAUCCCAUUGUGGGACAUCUGGGCACCUCGACCGAGGAGGGAAAGAAAGUUCUACGCAAUGGAGGAAAGAAUUUCCCAGCCAUCUUCCGAAGAAUACAGGAUCCCACCCUCUAGGCAGUGACCCCCAAUCCUACCCUUCCUGAUCACUGACUUUGCCUUUGCUGACUUUGCCUUAGUUGGACCCCAUCUUCCAAGGACUGGAAAGAAGACUGGGCCCUUGGACCUUCCCAGCUGAGCCUGCUAGGGCUGAGCGGCAACAGUCUCUCAAAGAAGUUGAGGAACUGCCCAGGGCAGAACCCUGGAGUUCAUGACCAUCCCUGACUCCUCUCACCUUCUUACCCUUCCAGUGGCAGCAGAAAGCAAAAGCAGCUGACUGGGAAGGUCAAAAGGCCUUGGACCAGAAGGGAUCUUUGGAAGGGAGUGGAGUCUUGCUCUCCCUUAGCAGUCCCUUCUCCUGGGAUUUCUCCUUCUCAGCUGGAGUGAAGAACGCAGUUCUCCACUGUCCAUCUAAACUGCCUGCUAAGCUCAAAUCAACUGCCCACUCGUGUUUACUUUGCAGUUCAGGGGGUAACGUGUAUGUGUGCACAUCCCAUGCUGCUGUUUCUCAGGAAAGGCUAGAGUGUGUAUCACUCCUGUCCUCUCCCUGCCUAAGACUUGACCUGUGGAAUCUGUGUUCCAUUUGUUGUUGCUGUCUCUGGAGAUCCUGGGAGGGUGUGGUGGUGGAGACCCUCUCCUUCAUGUUGACCUUUGCUUUGAUUCCAGAACUUCAGAGCUGACUUGCUGACACAGAGCAUGCCAGGGCCGGGGGCACGGGAGUGAGGAGCAGACAGGUGAACUGGGGAGGAUUCUGAGGCUA